UUCGUCCCUGGAAUUUGGCACUUUUAUUACUGUGCAGAUUGCAAUGCGGAGAUGCUUGAAAGUGGAUGGCCCUGCAUGGGGCACAUUGGAAUUUGCAGAAGAGGCCAGAACGUGCAACUGAUUCAGGACGCUGGUUGCAGAUGAAGGUAUCCGACUCUGAGUCUCCCCACUGCUUGCCCUGAUCUUUUCUGCUCGAUAUGCGAUGUCCAGCGUGGAGGUGAAGCUGCUGCGUGUUGACCGCAUCUUCCACCCCGGCGAGCUGCUCGAGGGCAUCAUCACGGUGCGCACGCCCCACCCCACGCUGCCCCACCUAGGCAUCUGGGUCAAGGCUGAAGGGACGGUCAACCUGCAGUUGAGCAGCAAGGCGUUGGGUGUGUUGGAGUCCCUCUACAGCAACGUCAAGCCUAUCCCCCUCCUCUCCUCUCACUUUGAGGCGGCUCCUGCGGGCCAGCUGGAAGGGCCUACCAACCAGAUACCCUUCAGCGUGAAGCUCGACCCGGCAGAGUCGUCGUCAGUGCUGCUGGAGACGUACCACGGCGCUUAUGUCAGCGUGACAUAUGCAAUCUCUGUGGAGGUUCGACGGCCAGUGCUCAAGCGCACGCUGCAGGCCUCUGCCGAGUUCAUCAUUGAAGGACCCCGCGGUCGUCGGCCUCCCCCCGACCCGACCUUCGUGGACUUUGCUCUCACCCCGGACAACCAGCCCGAAGCGUUGGGCUCAGCCAUACGAGCGGCGGGGUUCCAGGUGUCGGGCCGCGUGGCCACGCGGUGCUGCCUGGCGGAGCCUCUGACGGGCGAGCUGCGCCUGGACCACUGCGGCACGCAGCUGCACUCCAUCGACCUGCAGGUGCUGCGCGUGGAGGCGGUGCGCGUGGGGGGCCGCAUGGCCACAGAGGUCACGGACGUGCAGACGACGCAGAUUGCGGACGGCGCCCCUCCCGCGGGCCUGGCGCUUCCCCUCCACGUCGUGCUGCCCCGCCUGCUCACCUGCCCCACCCUCUCCGCGGAUGCUUUCUCGGUGGCCUUCCGCGCGCGUGUGCAGCUCACCUUCAUCGCAGAGCCGCCCCGCAAGUGGGCGCUCCGGCCUGACGCCGCCACUGAGGCUCGCCCCGACACCGUGGUGGCCUCUCUGGAUGUGCCGCUGCACCUGCUGCGGUGCUGAGCUCGCUGGCAAGGCGGCACACAUCCUGCGGCGCACAGGUCAUUAAAGGAGCAGGGAAUUGCUACCCGGUCGGAACAACCCGACACCCCACACUUGGUGAUAGGGAAUACCCACACAAGUGCUCGGACGGCUUGGUAUAAGGUAAGCUACACACAUUAAGGUAUCUAGAAGAUGAGUCAAACCGAAUGGAAUCUACCUUAUGGAUCCAGUCAAGAAUAACCCUGUGGGCUGCAAGUCUAGGUUUUGCAAACGCGGAUUUUGCAUCCCAGAACUGUUAAAUGGACACCGCAAUCACGACCUCAUGCAUUGCGAGUCAACAUCGCUGGCACCCGUGCGAGGGCUUUCAACGAUCUUGCGUGAU